AUGCUGACGCAUCGUCUCAGCGUCCAGUAUACGAUAGACAGGCUGCUCGGCCCAUCGAUCGUCGCACGUCAGCCUGGACUUCGACAGCGUCAGGCUAAGCUUGUACAUCUGCAAUCGUACCCAUAUUCGCACUAUGCCGCAAGCAUAGAACACUUUGGUGACACCCGUAUCAACAUCUCAUCAAGGAGAUUUCCUCCCGGCCUUGUGCCGCGUGCUACAGCCUGCCGGGACCUCAAACGUGCCACUACUCCGUUCAAGACAUCCAGAUUACGACCUGCCAGACGAAACCUACGCAUCAGGCCGCCCGUCAAAGCCAAGGCAUCGACCGUUCUGGCAAGCUUCAUCAUGGCCUCUGCAUCAGCUCCGACCCUGGAUCCUGCAGCUGCAGCAUUAGCCGCUGCAAAAUGGGCUCGAUUACGUGAAGCGCGACGCGAAAGGAGACGAGCUGCAAAGUCAGCUGCUUCGCCGAGCGACGCAAAGGACGCAGCGAUCACUGCGAACGAUGGGACGGAAGAGAACACUAGAACUGACCGCUCGGCUGCCGACAAGGGGCGAAAGCAAUCCAAAUGGAGUAAGCCAAGUGAUGGCCUAUCACCGUUGCCAGUCACAUCCCUAACGGACACCCGCAAGCGCGCUGCGUCUUCGGUCGGAGGCAGACAAGACUUGCAAUGGGCUCUACCACGCUCCAAGACUGCUAUUGAGGCCAGUCGCUCAGACGAACUAGAUCGCCCACCCAGGCGCCACGCCGCGCAGCAGCCGGCACAGUCAGACACCGACAUGGUCGACGAGCUCAAUCGCGGCAUGAACGCUAUCGUCGUCCAUGAUGCGACUCUGCUGUCGCGAGCGUCCGAAAACGCACCCUACAAUGCUCUCGCAACUGCGCGACAACCUCGCUUGUCUGUACAAAGACGAUCCAAUGGAGUGCUCCCCCGAAGAGAGCCUCGACCCGCACCCAUCAUACCUGCUGCGGUCCCGCUUACUGUUACUGGCCCCAAGCCCAAACGAGGCAAAGCAGCACGUGCUGCAACUCGCGCCGGAGCCGUAGGCGAUGACUCUGCUAGCAACACAAGCGUCCUGAUGGCCCAUAUCGAUCGGAGCCUCAAUCGCAUGCUCUGUUCGGCUGAUGUACUGAACUUAUCCCUCGGUCACACGAUGUCAUCUGCAAGCGCAUUGGCCCGCAACAGACUGGUUGCCAAGAUCAGCUCGAUCGUCCAGGACAGGUUUGGCGCGGCAUACACUGCGCAGGCAUUUGGCAGUCACCUGACCGGCCUCGACAAUGAGCACAGUGACUUGGAUCUGACGAUUCUCGACGCCAAUUUUCCAUUCGGCGUUGGACCGGAGCAGCUGAAGAAGACUGGGCCAAUAUACAACCUCCGGAAGCUUGAAGAUAUUCUCAGACGUCGAGGUGCGCAAAAGGUCACAGUCGUCCGUCACACUCUGGUGCCGAUUAUCAAAUUCGAGAUGGAUGGCAUCAAAGUCGACCUGAACGUGAACGAACGCUUGGGAAUCUACAAUUCGAAGUUGAUUGCCGAGUAUUGCCGCAUCAGUCCCAUCAUGCGCCCUCUCUGCGUUUUCGUCAAAUUCUGGAGCAAGCGACGUGAGCUCAAUGAUCCUGCGGGACAGGCCGGAAAGAAAUCGUUCUCAUCCUACGCGCUUAUCCUGCUCGUCAUUGCUUACUUGCAGCAGCUUGGCGAACUGCCAAAUCUGCAAGACAUGGCAGAAGUGAUGCGUGCACCAUUGCUGCAUACGCGCUACAGUGCACGCCUCAGUCGCGCCCGUCCCGGCAAAAGCAAUACUGUAGAUUCGUGGGAACAAGUCGAUAUCUCCUUUGCGCAAGGACAACGUACCGAUCAGCGUCAAGAGAGCGCCAUUGAUUUUGCGCGCAUCAUCGGUCACUUCUUCGCCUCAUAUGCCGAUCUGAAUAUGGCGACCAAUUGGGUUUCAAUUCGAGAACACUACGUGGGCCCUCGCAAUCUGGAAAAUGUCAAUAGAAGGGAGCCGCCCGGCAAAGCAGAUGCUCUGUGCUGCAUAGCAGACCCUUUUCUACUCGCUCGCAACACCGUCAAUAUCGAUGCGACGGUCGCUGUCGAUUUCAAGGCGGAGUUGCAACGGGUUGUCGAUAUGUGCAAACACAAGGCGCCCUUCCAUCUCAUCUGUGCACGCCUCACGCCAGAUGAACGCGCUCAUCGCUAUCGUAAGAGGUAG